UGCUAAAAAAAAAUUACCUAAAUUAUUUAGUAAGAAAAAAAAAUAAUAAAUAAAAUAAAUUAUUAGAAUUAGAAGGAAGGAAAGAAUCCAUUGCCGGCUAUGGAAGCGCCACGAAGACGCCAUUUCCUCCCGCCACCAAUACACUUCUCCCCGCCAUGGAUUCACCAAAGCCUUUAACUUUCCAAUUCCUCUCUCCUUCCCCAUACAAACCCAAUUUCUCCUUUUCCAUUUUCUCAGGAAAAUUCGUAAUGAGAGUUUCACACAAAUGGACCACUACGAGGUACUGGGUCUGACCAAGAACGCCACCAAGGACGAAAUCAAGGAUGCUUUCCGACGAUUAGCCUUUAAAUUUCACCCCGACAAGCAUUCUGGAUCUUCCAAGUCUGUCAAGGACACUGCUACUCUCAGAUUCAAACAGGUCUCUGAAGCUUAUCAGAUCCUCAGCGACGAUCGGAAGCGCGCCGACUAUAAUUUCCGAUAUCGGUAUCAUAAUUCUGGUGGUGGUACUGGUAAUUCUUAUGGGUAUGGUUAUGGCUAUGGUCAACACAAUUAUGGUAGCGAAUAUCGACCUGGUUCUGGGUCUGGCUCUAAUGGGUUCGUUUCGAAAUUUGAGAAUGUUCUUCGUUACUUAACCACGAGAGCUUUUCUUCUUAAUGUUGUUUUUGCUGGUGCUUUACUAGGUGGGAUGUUUGUAAUCGAUAUGGGCAAGGACGCAUUGUGGAAGAUGCAUAAUUCCGGGAAAUCUUUUGAAGAAACCAUGGAGUCUAUUGAGAAAGCCAAAGCAGAGAAGGAUAAGACAUAAGACGGCUUCCAUCGAAGCUGUCCGACAAGGGUUUCUUCUGAUCUGUUGUUUGGCUCCUUUCAAUGAGAUAAUAACAUACAAGAAUACACAUGAAGAUAAUAAAAAAUCAAUAAUAUAGAGAGUAAAAUACCAUACUGUUUUUUGUAUUAACUGUAAAAGAUUUGUUCAUGCAAUAAUCUACACAGUUUGUAUGUAAUUCAUUCUCCUAUUUUCUUUGACAUGUGAGUGAUUCAUGUAAAUAGAGAUUAUGUCAGUUUGUGCUAAUGACUAAUAAGUGAACAUUUAUUUAUCUUCAA